UAUUACGUCAUCCUAUCCUUAUCUUGCGUUUAACGAGCGAUAAAGGUAGAGUGACAAAAUAAAUGGAAAAAAAGCGCUGAUAGCGCGCUUCUUAAAGGAAGUUGGGAAGUCAUACGAAAUUCGCUGAGUCUCGUUGCUUUAUUAUUUGCUCCACAUAACUUCCUGUUGAUAUGUGUACUUACAAAUUAAGCUGAUAAGUUUAAUAUUUUCCGACCUUCUCGGGCAAAUAAAUACAAUUCUACCGUUAUCGAAUUCCCCGAAUAUUCUUGAUAUGCGGAGCAAAGCAGUGGAGCGUGGUUAUAAAGCAACAAGUGUUUAUCUUGUCUAUCAUUCUUCAGAAACAAGCUUUGAGAUCUCAGUUAACGUAUCUUCCAACGAUUUGUCGGCCGGUUCGAAGUAACGUUAGCACAGUGAAAAGUGAAACAUGAACGAUACAACGAAUAUCAUCGUCGACUGCGACGCUGGCAUUGACGACGCUUUGGCACUGUUCCUUCUUCUGAUCGCUCACAAACACGAGAGGUUGCACAUUGAGGCGGUGACCUGCGUUUUCGGGAACACCGUCGUCAAGAAUGUCGUAAAUAAUGUGUACAGAGUGCUCGAACUGUUCGAAGACUACGAUAUACCUGUUCAUCGAGGAGCCCACUCCCCCCUGAAUAGUAAUAAAUACUCACCAGGAGAACAUGAGUGUUAUCACGGGGUGGACGGAUUUGGCGAUGUGUACACGAACGAACCGGAUACCAGUAAAAUGCAAACGACUCAUGCUGCGUACGCUCUGAACAAAUAUAUCACUGAUAAGCCUGGUCUCGUAAGCUUGGUUUGCCUGGGGCCCCUGACAAACAUCGCAUUGGCCAUAAAGCUGUAUCCAGAUUUCGCGUGCAGCUUAAAGAACCUCUUCGUAAUGGGCGGAAACUCAACCGGCUUAGGUAAUGUCACGUCCCAAGCGGAAUUUAAUUUCUUCUGCGACCCGGAGAGCGCGUCCAUCGUGUUCAACAACGUCUGCAAGCCCAUCUACCUGUUACCGUGGGAGACCUGCUUGAAGUCUCGUAUAACAUACGACUGGCGCAAGAACAUAUUGGGGACCAUAGACUCGUCUUUCGUGCAAAUGUUGAACAAAACCGAAGACGGCUGUGAAUGCAGAAGGAAAGGGAAGAGUCCGCCGUAUUACGUAAUGUGCGACGCGAUCUUAGCUGGGAUUAUUCUGCGACCAGAAAUGGCCAGGAACAUUUUCACGCGUUUCGUAGACGUCGAGUUGCACGGCACCAAGACUCGGGGCCAAGUUGUCAUCGAUCAUCUGAAAAAACAGGAGAUAAACGUACAUUUGAUAGAUGACUUCGACUCGGAAAUCUUUAAGGAACUGUUACUUUUUGCAGUAAAUCCGCGGGAGGACAAGUCGGUCCUGUUUCCACAGAGUCCCGAAGAAACUUCGUCUGAAAAUUUAGUCAAGGAUGAGUGUAAAGAAUUGUAAUUGAUUAAAUGAA